UUUGGUCAUGGCGAUGGGACAUUUGAGUCAGUACGCGUCACCUGUAGGAUAGUGCCGAGUUACUCCGUCGAGCAUCCGUGCUUUAUCUAACUUACCCUCAGAAGUGCGCUCAUGACGAGGAAACAACUUGUGACAUCAUCUGAAAUGUCACCGGACAGCUGAGAACUUCGAUUAUACAGACAGGAUUUAUCCAGGAGGAAAAACUUGGGUUGCCAUGUCUCUCCUCUGCGUGAGAGUUAAGAAAGCCAAAUUCCAAGGACCUCCAGAUAAAUUCAACGCCUAUGUGACGCUGAAAGUGCAAAAUGUGAAGAGUACCACCAUCACUGUGCGGGGAGACCAGCCAUGCUGGGAGCAGGACUUCAUGUUUGAGAUCAGCCGACUGGACUUGGGCCUCAUCGUAGAGGUGUGGAACAAAGGUCUCAUCUGGGACACCAUGUUAGGAACAGCCUGGAUCCCGCUCAAAAGCAUCUGCCAUUCAGAGGAGGAGGGCCCUGGCGAGUGGAUAUUUCUGGACUCUGAAGUUCUGAUGAAGGCAGAUGAGAUAUAUGGGACUAAAAACCCAACGCCACAUCGAGUCCUGCUGGACACUCGCUUCGAACUGCCCUUCGAAAUCCCAGAGGAUGAGGCUCGAUACUGGACCGGCAAACUGGAACGCAUCAAUGCUAUGGGCAUUCACGAUGAGUUUCCCUUACAGGAUGAAGUAGCGGGACGCCCUCUGCCCGGUGCUGCCUCUCAAUGCUCUUUGGAUGACCUGGACAGUCCUGUGGAGGACAGAGACAGUGACUACAGGAGUGAGACGAGCAGUAGCUUGCCUCCCCGCUACCACACCACAGCCCAGCCCAACUCUUCACUUCACCAGUAUCCCAUGGGGCCACGUUUUCAGCAGCACAUGGACUCCUGUGCUGACUCUUUGCACAGCUUUGAAUUUGACUAUAGGGAGCACCAUGCAAGCAGCCCCGUGGACUCUAGUCGUUUUGGAUCUUCAGGCAAUCUCAGUCAAGCUAGUUCUCAGCUUAGUGAGACUGGUCAGGAGAGUGCUGCCUGUUCAGAGUUAGAGGAGUCCUACCAUUCCUACCACAGCACCGGCUAUCGGCCAUCCAGAAAUGGGCAUCACCCUACCAAUGGACAUACUUCCUGGGGGGAAGAUGAGGGAUUGAAAUCCUCCCAAGAAAAUGGAAAGAGUAUAAGCAGCACCAUUAAAAAUGAGGGGGUUUCUCAUGUGGACAAAAUGCCUGAAAAAACUCUCAAAAGCUUCAGGGAUGAUGGAUCAGCUUUGCCAUUCUCUCCAUCCAGAGUACGCUGGCUUAAGGCAAUCAACAAAGUGAGAGUUCAGCUUAAGGAGGGCAAAGAAAAAGGAGAUACUUCCAGAAAUGCUUGGGUUAAAGCUGGAAAUGGGAGUGGAAUAUUUGGAAUUGACAGUAUGCCCGACCUGCGGAAGAAGAAAGCUAUUCCUCUGGUUAGCGAUGUGGCUAUGUCUCUGGUCCAGGCCAGGAAGGCUGGCAUUGCAUCUGCGAUGGCUUCACGCUCCUCCAUAAAAGAUGAAGAACUGAAGAACCAUGUGUAUAAGAAAACGCUACAAGCUUUAAUCUAUCCCAUUUCCUGUACCACACCUCACAACUUUGAGGUGUGGACUGCCACUACGCCCACCUACUGUUACGAGUGUGAGGGACUUCUUUGGGGCAUCGCAAGACAGGGUAUGCGCUGCACUGAGUGCGGGGUCAAGUGUCAUGAGAAGUGUCAAGAGCUACUGAACGCAGACUGUCUGCAGCGCGCUGCUGAAAAGAGCUCCAAACAUGGUGCAGAGGACCGCACCCAGAACAUCAUCAUGGCCAUGAAGGAUCGCAUGAAGAUCCGUGAGAGGAACAAGCCCGAGAUCUUUGAGGUCAUCCGAGACGUGUUUGUGGUCAGCAAGGCCAUCCACGCUCAGCAGAUGAAGACCAUCAAGCAGAGCGUCCUGGAUGGAACCUCUAAGUGGUCAGCCAAGAUCACCAUUACAGUUGUCUGUGCUCAAGGGCUACAGGCUAAAGAUAAGACCGGCUCCAGUGACCCCUACGUGACCGUCCAAGUGGGUAAAACCAAAAAGAGGACCAAGACGAUCUACGGUAACCUCAAUCCUGUUUGGGAGGAGAAGUUUCAUUUUGAAUGCCACAACUCCUCCGAUCGCAUCAAAGUUCGUGUUUGGGAUGAAGAUGACGACAUAAAGUCACGAGUGAAGCAGCGUCUGAAGAGGGAAUCUGAUGAUUUCUUGGGCCAAAGCAUUAUCGAGGUGCGCACGCUGAGUGGGGAAAUGGACGUCUGGUACAACCUGGAGAAAAGAACGGACAAGUCUGCGGUUUCUGGUGCCAUCCGUCUUCAGAUCAGCGUGGAAAUUAAGGGAGAAGAGAAAGUGGCCCCCUACCACGUCCAGUACACCUGUCUGCAUGAGAACCUCUUUCAUCACAUCACAGAUGUCCUCGGUCAGGGUGUGGUGAAGAUCCCCGAAGCCCGUGGCGAUGACGCUUGGAAGGUUUACUUUGACGAUGUGCCAGAAGAGAUAGUGGAUGAAUUUGCAAUGCGCUAUGGGAUUGAAUCCAUCUACCAAGCCAUGACGCACUUUGCAUGUCUCUCAUCUAAGUAUAUGUGUCCUGGUGUCCCUGCUGUGAUGAGCACCCUGCUGGCCAACAUCAACGCCUACUACGCCCACACCACUGCAUCCACCAAUGUCUCCGCCAGCGACAGAUUCUCCGCAUCCAACUUUGGGAAAGAGAGGUUUGUCAAGCUCUUGGAUCAGCUGCACAAUUCCCUGCGCAUUGACCUCUCAAUGUAUCGGAACAAUUUCCCUGCGAGCAGUAAGGAACGUUUACAGGACCUCAAAUCUACUGUGGACCUCCUAACCAGCAUCACCUUCUUCAGAAUGAAGGUCCAGGAACUGCAAAGUCCCCCGAGAGCCAGUCAGGUUGUUCGAGACUGUGUCAAAGCCUGCCUCAACUCCACGUAUGACUACAUCUUCAACAACUGUCAAGAGCUGUACAGUCGCCAAUAUCCUCAAAUUGGAGACACGCAUAAGGAGGAGUCCACUGCAGAAGAUCAGGGCCCGAGUAUCAAGAACUUAGACUUCUGGCCCAAACUCAUCACCCUCAUUGUGUCCAUCACUGAGGAGGACCGUAACUCUUACACCCCUGUCCUAAACCAGUUUCCUCAGGAACUGAACGUUGGGAAGUUGAGUGCAGAGGUCAUGUGGAAUCAGUUCUCUCAGGACAUGAAAUACGCCAUGGAAGAACAUGAGAAACACCGACUAUGUAAGAGCGCAGACUACAUGAACCUGCACUUCAAGGUCAAAUGGCUGUAUAACGAAUAUGUGAAGGAUUUACCGGCCUUCAAGGGAGUUGUGCCCGAAUACCCCACGUGGUUCCAGCAGUUUGUGCUGCAGUGGUUGGAUGAGAACGAGGAUGUGUCCAUGGAGUUCAUGCAUGGAGCCCUGGAGAGAGAUAAAAAAGAUGGAUUCCAGCAGACGUCAGAGCAUGCUCUCUUCUCCUGUUCGGUGGUGGACGUCUUCACCCAGCUCAACCAGAGCUUUGAGAUCAUCAAGAAACUGGACUGUCCCGACCCCAAAGUCUUGGCCCUCUACAGCCGGCGUUUCGCCAAGACCAUUGACAAAGUCCUCCUGCAGUACAGUGCCAUUUUGAAGAAGAGCUUCCCGUCCUAUUGUGAUAAGGAGAAGAUUCCGUGCGUCUUGAUGAAUAAUGUCCAGCAGUUGCGUGUCCAGCUUGAGAAGAUGUUUGAAUCUAUGGGUGCCAAACAGCUGGAAGAGAGUGAGGAUGAGGAGGACGAGUUACAGGAGAUGGAGAUCUCAGAGGACAAGCCUGAGAAAGCUGACAGGAAGCAGAAGGUGGUGUACUGCAGUAAACAGCUGGACACCGAGGCCAGCGACAUCCUGAACGAUCUACAGGUCAAGCUGAACAACGUCCUGGACGAGCUGAGCAGCACAUUUGGAAACACUUUCCAGAGCCGUAUUGAUGACUGUAUGCGUCAGAUGUCCAGUCUCCUGUACCAGAUCAAAGGUCCCGUCAACGCCAACACCCGUAACCAGGUGGAGGCCGACUCUGAUAACAUGCUGCGGCCACUGAUGGACUUCCUGGAUGGAAAUUUGAUGCUGUUUGCCUCGGUGUGUGAGAAAACUGUGCUGAAGAGAGUGCUGAAGGAGCUAUGGAGGAUCGUGAUGAACAGUCUUGAGAAGACCAUCAUCCUUCCUCAGGGCAAUGACACCUUUGGAAUGAUAUUUUCAGCGGCUAAAGAACUGGGCCAGCUCUCCAAACUCAAGGAUCACAUGUCUGGUGACGCAAAAAGCCUGACGCCGAAGCAGUGCGCGGUCAUGGACGUGGCCCUCGAUACCAUAAAGCAAUACUUCCAUGCUGGAGGAAAUGGAUUGAAGAAGGCCUUCCUGGAGAAGAGUCCUGAACUGUCCUCACUGAGACAUGCACUGUCCCUCUAUACCCAGACCACGGACACACUUAUCAAGACCUUUGUUACUUCUCAGCAUGCUCAAGUGCAUAAUGGGAAGGGUAUGAGGAUAACACCUAGUGAGAAAAUGGAGCCCUCCAGGGGCUCAGGAGUUGAUAAACCAGUAGGGGAAGUAUCCAUACAGAUCGACCUCUUUACUCACCCGGGCACUGGAGAGCAUAAAGUUACAGUUAAAGUUGUGGCUGCAAACGAUCUGAAGUGGCAGACGUCUGGGAUGUUCCGGCCGUUUGUGGAGGUCACCAUGAUCGGCCCUCAUCUCAGCGACAAGAAGCGCAGGUUCACCACCAAAUCAAAGAACAACAGCUGGGCGCCCAAAUUCAAUGAGACCUUCCAUUUUAUUCUUGGGAACGAGGAUGGGCCGGAGUGUUAUGAGCUGCAGGUGUGUGUGAAGGACUACUGCUUCGGCCGUGCGGACCGCGUGGUUGGUAUCGCCGUCAUACAGUUGCGUGAUGUCGCACCGAGGGCCAGCUGCGCCUGCUGGUGUCCACUGGGACCACGGGUACACAUCGAUGACACGGGCCUCACCGUCAUGCGCAUCCUCUCCCAACGCUCGGGUGACGAGGUGGCCAAAGAGUUUGUGAAACUCAAGUCCGAGACCCGCUCGGCUGAGGAGGGGAGGUGAGAACGAUCUUUGACAGCCGAAGAUAAUGUAAGACUCUUUUAGCUGUUGAUGGAUAAACAAAGGCUGGAUUUCUACACAGUCACCUUUCUGUGUCCACAUUUUUGCUGCCCACUAACACACACUUGUGUACCACAGAGAAGGGCUUUCAGCAGCCAUUUGACAUUUUAUAAAGGGCACUGUUAGUCUAAAAGUGAAUGGGGAGUCAUUCUGAUAAAAAUGUUUUUUUUCUUCAUAUGUUGAAAUACUAUGAGAAACACACUCACACACCAAGCGACUGACAAACUAGCAAAGGACUAGUCAGGGUAGAUGACAUAUUUGAUGAAAAGCGAGACUGGGUUGUAUUUUUUGCCUAAUUAUGUUUGUUGUCCAUUAGAUAUUUUUUAGAAAUAUGCAUUUAAGUGAAUAUAAUGAAAACAGACCACAUUUACCCCAAAACAUGCAAUUAAAUGUAAUAUAAAAAUAAGAAAUUAUUACAUUUGAAGAAUUUUACAUUUAUAAAAUGAAUCCUGUUUAGGACUGUUUUGACAUUGACAUUAUUUUUCUUGACUCAUUUCACACCUUAAAUUCUAAUUUAUAUGUAUUAAUUGUUUUACUAAUAAUCGCAAUGCUGAUUUUCAUUACAUGUAAAAUUGCAGGUAUUUAAGAUGGAACAACAAAUACUAUGAUUUAUUAAUAUAUGAAUACUUUAAAAAUACUUCAAUACUUGAAAAUAAUUCAGUUAAAAUAAAUAAUAAAAAAUGUCACAUUGCAAAUAAUCUAAAAUGUUAUUUUAAAAAUACCAGUGAAAUAUAAUUCCUUUUUUUAUGAGAUGCUUCCAUUUUGCCAUUUUUAAAAAAUGUUUUCAUUAAUUUAAUAAUCAACGUCAAGGCAAACAACAGUAAAACCAGGCAUGUCUCUCUCACAAACAUUUUUGUGGAAAAAGUUUGUCUAUCCCUGACUUAAGUUCCUUUGAGUGUCCAGAAUGUUUGAAUCUGAGAUUUGACCUCCGACCAUUAGAUGGCGCUGUGAGUGUGCGGGGACAUUAGUUUGUAGAAUACAGAGAUUCCACAUCCAUUCAUGCACUUUUUCUCUGUUACCCCUUUUGCAUUGUGUUUAUUGCCUUAUUUUGUUGAUGCUGUGAAUGUGUGAGUUUGAAAAGUAAUGAUUAUGAUUGUUAUGAAUGUUGUGGCUCCUGAGACACACAGUGUUAGUUUCCAAGGGGCCAGAUCUCAUUCACUUGGUGUUGUGGAGUGAUUCGUUGCAUGAAUCUGAAUAAGUAAUCAAAACCGACAAGUUUGUAGAGGGAUAUCAAGUACAUUUCACAUCAUCUGCUUGCACAUGACUCAUCUGUCAGCCGAAAGUGUGCCUUUGCUACGGGCUUUGCGGCCUCUCAGAUGAUGGAUGACCUGUUUGCACCUCAACUCACAAAUAUUCUGCCUCUUACGGUCACCAUUCGUUUCAAAGUGAGCGGUACUUCAGCCAUCGUCUAUGUCCAGUAGGUGGCAGCAAUAAUCUCAAGGUCACGUUUGCACCUGCUUUUUGUUUAUGUCCUACGAAAGACAAUGCAGCAUCAUCGGACAGUAUUGAAGCUAAAACAUGUGAAUGCUUUAUGGGGUGUCGUGUAAUACUUUUCAAUACUAUUUAUAUAGUGGAAUGAGAGUGCUGAAAAAUCAGCAUGAACUGGAAGAGAAAAUAGGAAAGUUAACAAAUAUCUGAUCAAGCUCAAAUACGAUCACUGAUCAAUUAAAGAUAGUAGUGAGGUUUCUUUUUCGUUUCAAAGCGGCCUUAUUUUAUUUGCUCUGAUAUUUUCUAUUUAAAUGAUUUUAACUAUUUUUUUUUCUUUUAAGUAAAUAUGGGUGUCUUUUUUUUCUGUGAAGUCUUGUUACUCUGUUUCUUUGUUUUGCUUGACUGAUUUAUUUUCUUCAGUUGUUCAUUUGAGGAAUUUUUGUACUAUGUUGUGCUUUGUUUUUCCAGAAAUGACUCAAAAUGCAAAAAAAAGCAACAAACAAACAGGAAAAGGACAGUAACACUAGAUUCGUCCCUUUGUUUGUUGCCUGUGCAAAAAGUCUCACCUUUUUAAACCAAAUUUCUUGUUAUUGUAAAUUAUUGUAUUUUUCACAAGCACUGCCAAUAUGUAAAAUGUAUGUUAAUAUUGCCAAUCAUUAUUGUAACUGUUAAACCUGUUAUUUAUUUCUGUACAUUUCUCACUUCUAACUCUGUGUCACUUUAUAUAUUGUUACCUUUGUUUAGGCCAGCAGUGUUUGGACUGUAUUUUAGAAGAGAACUGUCACUCUUUGUAAUAUACACAUUCCUUGUGCCAACUUGUGGAAGUUCUCACCUUUUUUCAAACUCUUGAAACAAUACUGACAAUAAUCACUGAGUUUACUCACAUUUUUAAGGUAUGUAGGUAUUGUACACGGUCACUGACAAUGAAAAAUGUGUUAAAAUGUUUUUGUGUGCGCACUCAACAAAUAAAUGUAUGUAUAAAUUAU